AUGACAGAUCACGAACAAGUGCCAGCUGCAGUGACACGCCUGCUCGCAGCGAGGUACCCGACACUCGGGAUCGAUCCUUCUUGGUUGUCAAAUUGCGUCAGAGACAUCCGUCAACGAGGUUCCGCGCUAUCAGGACCGGAUCAGCUUGCGAGAUCAGUAAGGCAGGAGCUGCUCGAAUCGGAUUUGUCCGACGUGGUAGCUGCUUCGUACGGCCGACUCACCACCGAAGCUCUCGGAUCCUCCUCUGGCAAGAUCGGCGACUCGGGCCGUGGCGCGAUCCUGGUCCAGAUCGAGAGCAUGAUCGAUAUCGGCUACUCUGCUUCGUCUCAGCUCGAGAUCGCCGAAGCUCGUAGGGAAGCACGCCGUGCCAACGUCGAUCCGAACGAUGUGCCCGCAGAAGCAAAAGCGGCAGCAGACUCGGACCACAUGGCCGACUUCCAAGCGCAAGAAGACGACAAGAUCCAAACUACCACCGUCUAUCCGAGACGCAUGCUCAAGCUCGAGCUUUCGGAUGGUAGCAAGAGCGGCAAGGUUUCUGCCGUAGAGCUGCAGCGCGUUAGCGACCUGGAUAUGAACACGACCAGGAUAGGUGCGAAACUGCUUCUCAAGGGCGCCUCUAUCAUGGACGGGUGCUUGAUGAUAACGCCUCAGACGGUGUCGUUGGAAGGUGGAUAUGCGCCUGAGAAGCAUCGGGUGGCGGAAGACAAAUUUAUCGACAAGCUGAGGGCUCAGCUCGGGAAGGCUCCGCAAAGCCAUACGCAGGCAAACGGCGCACACAGUACUGCGACACUCACCUCCAACGGUGUUGGGAAUCCCCAUCAGAACGCCAAUGCAGUGGAACGCGGCUUUAGUCCCGACGACGACGAAAGCGAGUUAUUGGCAGCACUCGAAGCGGAAGAAGAGAUGAUGGUCGCGGCUGCCACUUCUUCGAAAGGAGGCCUGGCAUCGACGGAGACAAAGCCCGCAUCCUCGAGCAAUAAUGUCCAGAAGCCUUCGUCUAGUGCGGCUCUUGCUUCGGCGAACCAAGCAGCGGCGGUAGCAGCGGGGCGUCAGCGCGCAACACUGAUCCUCCCAGAGGGUAUGACGCAAGCCUCAGCUGAAACACCUCGCAGCCAGCGGUCGGAUGCGCCGCCAAGAGCGAGUGCGACGCAGCAAGACCCAAUCUUGCUGAUCGACAGCGAUGGCGAUGAAAAUGACGAUGACGAUGACGAUGACGAUGACGAUGAUGAAGAAUUUUUGGUCGCUCUUCCGGACGCUUUGCUGAGCGGGGCAGAUGAAGCGGUCGAACACGAGCAGAAGCGACCUCGACCAGAGCCCAACAGACUUGGCGCGACGUCUUCAGCGGCGCUCAGCAACUCUCGAGAACAGCCUAUUGUCAUCGGAUCCUCGCCCGAGGCGGAGCGAUAG